ACACAGUGUGACUUUAUAUCUGUGUGUGUGCAUGCCAUAGCCUUUCAUGUGAUGGGUGGAGGGUUUAUACUCUGCCCCCCCCUUUGUUUGUUUACAUAGUGUGUGUGGGUGAUAGAGGAGCCAGGGGCACUGGAAGUAUCCGGCUGUAGAGCUGCGAUCUCACACAGACAUCAUGACAGACUCAGGCGCAUCUUCUGCAGUGUCGUUUACGGACAAUUACAUCGAUCAAGACCCAUGUAAAUCUCUGGAGGAGCUGACAAAGGCUUUGGAGGAGAAGCCUGAUGAUGCAGAAUGCUUCUGCCAAAGAGCAUAUGCCCACAUACUUCUCCGGAAUUACAAUGAUGCUGUUUUGGAUGCGAAGAGGUCCCUCGAGCUCCAACCUAACAAUGUGAAUGCUUUCCUCAGGAAGGGGGAGGCUGAAUUCCAUUUACAGAAUUAUACCUCUGCGGAAGACACUUUUAAAGAAGGACAGAAAUUAAACCUAUCAGAUUCAACGUUCUCUAUAUGGAUAAAGAAAUGUGAAGAAAAAUUAAAUGCAUCUUCACAAGUGGAACAGUCUGCAAAUCUACAAACAUCAUCAAAGUACAGGUAUGACUGGUAUCAAACAGAAUCUCAUGUCAUCAUUAAUUUAAUGAUCAAGAAUGUACCGAAGAGUGAUGUUCAUGUGCAGUUUUCCGAGCGAGAGUUAAAUGUACACAUAACCCUAGCUUCUGAAGACAAUUACAGCUUAAACCUGUUUCUUCUGCAUGCUAUUGUACCAGAACAGAGUAUAUUCAAAGUCCUUUCAACAAAGAUUGAGAUAAAAAUGAAGAAAACAGAGGCAAUGUGGUGGGAAAAAUUAGAGGGACAGGAGCAGUCUCUUCUGAAACACUUUACCGCAGAUUCCUUGCAUAAAUACCCAUCAUCCUCACAUUAUACCAAGAACUGGGAUAAACUUGUGGUUGAAAUCAAAGAAGAGGAGAAAAAUGAAAAAGUUGAAGGGGAUGCCGCUUUAAACAAACUCUUCCAGCAGAUUUACACCGAUGGAAAUGAUGAAGUAAAGCGGGCAAUGAACAAGUCCUUUAUGGAGUCUGGAGGAACCGUGCUAAGCACCAACUGGACAGAUGUGGGCAAAAGGAAAGUGGACGUAAAUCCUCCUGAUGAUAUGGAAUGGAAGAAAUUCUAAUGUACGUCUUGGGAGUGCACACUAUCUGAGAUCUGCAUUGUCUGCUGUUCAGCCUUACAUGUCCUUACAACUAUUGUGUGCUUUCAGAGCCAUUUCUUUAAUCAGAAUGCCAUCAUUCAUUGCUCUUAAUAAAUGUUGCUAAGUAUUGAAUCUGAAGUCUACCAUAUCUACUAUUUUGCUGUGAGAAGCAGCCAGCCUAGUACUGUGUACAAUAAUGUUUAAUGUCCACAAUACCAGCUAUUUUAUUAGGGGAGUGGGGGUAAUGUUAAUCACAUUUGGCAAGCUGCUGUAAAUCUCUCACAUGGCCUACUGUUUUCACUUUUAUGAAUUGCAAAAUAUAAAUCUAAAUUUCUUUUUCAAAAAAGUGUUGUUGUUUAUUACUUGUGCUCAGUUUGUGUUGUAUGUUUAUCGCUAAUUCCAGUACAGAUUUUCACAUUAGCAGUUUGUAAUUUAUACAUUAGCAAUGCGAAUUCAUGUCCUGUUUCAUUUGCACAUUAAGUUGAAAACACUGACUGCUGAUUGACGUGAACGGAAAUGGGUUGCUCAUUUCAUAUCACUCUUACGUUUGUCAAAAAAUAGACUUGAUGAAUUGGACAGGUAUAAUCAGGAGAACACAGACUUUGGAAGGGGCUCAUUUCUUGCUAGAUGACUUGGUAGAAAUGUAAGAUGUAAUAUU